AUGAGUUGGAGCCGGGGAGGAGGCGCGGAUGGCGUGGCCAGGAGGUGGGUGCUGCUGCUCUGCGUCGGGAGCUUCUGCCUCGGCCUGCUCUUCACCGACAGGAUGUGGACUUUGCCUGAAGCAGAUGAGGUAGAAGUACCAAAUUUAAGAAGAGGGGAAGAGGCUGAGCGUGGAAUUGUCGAUAGAGCAAUUCAGGCAGAGGAUAAGAAACAUGGAGACUUCAUGAGGCUGGAUCAUGUUGAAGGAUGCCUUGAACUGUCUGGGAAAACCAGGACAUACUUUGCAACAGCUGUUGCUUUAUGGGAUGCUAACUUCUAUGUGAAGGUUGACGACGAUGUACAUGUUAAUAUAGCAACACUUGGAAAUAUCUUAUCCAAACAUAUUUCAAAGCCCAGGGUAUACAUUGGAUGCAUGAAGUCUGGCCCUGUCCUCUCUGACAAGGAUGUGAGGUACUAUGAACCUGAGCACUGGAAAUUUGGGGAAGUGGGUAACAAAUAUUUUCGGCAUGCCACCGGUCAACUAUACGCUAUUUCAAAAGAUUUGGCAGCCUACAUAUCGCUAAACAAGCAUGUUUUGCACAAGUAUAUCAACGAGGAUGUGUCUUUGGGAGCUUGGUUGAUAGGGUUAGAUGUUGAGCAUAUUGAUGACCGCAGACUAUGCUGCGGUACUCCACCUGGGUUGAAACUAUAA